ACAAUAUUUCUUGUAUCUACCUCACUCAACUGCAUCGUUUCCAAGAGAAAGAGUGUUCUUAUCCUCUCAAAGCUACCACCGACCCAACUCCAUAUUACUUUGAUCUCCGCUACUGAUUCUCCUGUUAAAAAUAGAAACUUGCAAGGAUUUCAUUUCUGCGUAGAAUCAAAAUUAUUCAGGUGAAGGAAGUGUGAUUUGUGAAGAGUCGAAUGUGAAGUAAAAAAUGGAGAAACGAAACAUAGAAGAAAGCAGCAGCAAUCAAAUUCCAUGGAUUCCUCAGACACCUAUCAAGCCAAUUGAUCCGAUCUACACAAAUUGGAAUCAGACGAUGGAAGGGAGAUUCGUCGGAAAUGAAGACAUGGACGGUCUUGACAAUUUGUCCUUUGGAGAUUUGCUGGCUCUGGCCAACACAGCAUCAUCAGUGUUUUUCUCCGGACAGAGACAGACUGGGAUUGAUCAAAGGCAAAUGGUGUAUGGAGAGAUGUUGGAAAAAGGUGAUGAAGGAGGGGAGAUUCUGAUCCCAGUGAGUGACAAUGUUGAUGAACAGAUCAAGACACCGGAAAAGCCAAAGAGGAAGAAGCACAGGCCAAAAGUUGUUAAAGAAGCUAAACCGAAGAGAGAUCCCAAACCGAAAACGCCGAGGAAACCAGCUGGUGAAGGUCAAGAAACCAAAACGCCUAAGAGGAAAUAUGUGAGGAGGAAGAAAGUAGAAGCUGAUAGGAAUCAAGAAUCGACACCAGUUGAAGAAUCAGCAGCUGUGGAAGCUUCAGCUCCUGCCAAGAAGGUUUGCAGACGUGCCUUGGAUUUUGAGGACGAGAGCUUCAAACCCAAAAGCAGUGAAAACGAUACUAAACACGCAGAUGAGACUGAAUUAGCCAGCAGAGGAAAGCAGUCAGAUUCCGGGAAUCAAGAAUCGAAAGAUUGUCUUAUUCCAUUGCCUAGCACGCCUAAAAGAAAGCAGAGCCAGAGUAGAAGAAUGGGAAAGGAACAAAAGAACAGUGGCGCACAAGCUGCAAAGAGAAGACAAAGAAAAGAACCAACUUGCGACAUGAAUCCAUCAGGGAUCCUGUACGAUGAGCUAUGUGAGUACGAGAAAAUGCAUUGGUUGUAUUUCACAGACGGGCAACAGAAAGAGAUGAGAUCUGAUGCCAUUUGCAGCGCACCAUUCACUGGUCAACGACUUGAUGCAGAAGAAGAUGUUUCUGGCUUUGACUCAAGGUGCUACGGUUUCACAUCUCAGGCCAGUGCUAGUAGAGUCCUAACCAUGGAAGAAAAUUGUGAAGGAGCUUCUCAUGGAAGGCAGAGUUUUGAGACAAAUGUUCGUUUGGAUAAGAUAGACAAACCAAUCAAGAAGAAAACUACAGGCCAUGCUCGAUUCCGAAACUUGUCAUCUAUCGUUAAAGUUACAGAAGUUUCAGAGAAGCUACAAGGAGGAGGUUAUAACAGGCCACAGAAUAACAAUAACGUUCUUGUUGAGAGGCGAGUGACCUUGAGCAAAAAGAAGCGAGCCGCUAAGUCUGAGAUAUCACAAACCAACCAGAUAACUCUUCACCCGAAUCUUGGCCGGUCUCCACCUUCAUUUGCUGAUCUUCCUCCAGAUGAAAUUUGGAAACAACUUUACUCAGUUGAAGCAAUCUGUGAGUAUUUGCGUGUAUUAGACAUCAACAGGGAGAACGAAAUGAAUAGCACGGGAAACCAGAUUGUACUCUUCACCGGUGGAGCUGGAGCGAUUGUGCCUGCAGCUCCUGUCAAAAAGCGGCGUCCACGAGCAAAGGUUGACCUGGAUAACGAGACGGAUCGAGUGUGGAACCUUCUGAUGGACAGUAUAGAUAGCGAAGGAGUUGACGGAUCAGACGAGCACAAGGCGAGAUGGUGGGAGGAGGAACGAAGUGUGUUCCGAGGACGAGCAGACUCAUUUAUAGCACGAAUGCAUCUUGUACAAGGGGAUCGACGUUUUACCCCUUGGAAAGGGUCCGUUGUCGAUUCUGUUGUUGGAGUGUUUCUAACUCAGAAUGUUUCUGACCACCUAUCAAGUUCUGCUUUCAUGUCACUUGCUUCAGAGUUUCCUCCCCCGGAAGUACCCAGCAGUAACUUUGACGUAGGAACAUGCUCUGUGCCUCCUAUCCGAAUAACUUAUUUGGACUCAGAGGAAUCGAUUUCAAACCCACCCGUUCAUAACCACACACAGCCUGAUGAGGAGAAGGAUUAUGACAGCUCUAGAAGCAGUAGUGAGAUUGCCAGUUCAGCCCAUGUAUCAGUUGGCAAAACCAUGGAUUCAAAGACGCACGUUGAUUCAGAUCAAAAACGUUCAAGUGUAGAAGUUGAUAAGACAGAUCAAACGUACCAUGUCCAAGACUUAUUUCCAUCUGAUGAUUCUACACUUACAUGUCAAAAUUCGUUGGUUUCUGAUGCUCCUCAGAGAGCAGGGUCAAGCUCAGAGAUUAACUCAAAAGGAGAGCAUUAUAGUUCCUAUGUGAAACUCCUACAGUCGCUAGGGUCUGCUCAGCUACAUGGCAAAGGAAGAGAUAUCAUCACAUCUGAUACAGUCUCAGCAGAAGAGUCCAAUCAGAAGAAUCAUCAGUAUGACAAUUCAAGGCAAGAAAAUGGGGUUUCAAGCAAUCAUGGAAGCUUACAAGUAUCACCAAAUACGUCUCCCGGUGAUUAUAGCUCAGGAGUUAAGGAUUUAGAAUCACUGAAAGGGCAAACAAAGUCUUCUGGUGACAGUAAUGAGCCCUUUUGUUGUUUUGGGGAUGUUUUCAAAUAUCAGACACCUGAGAUGCCUGCAAGCUCUAGCAGCGUUCCGUCCACAAAAAACAAAGAAGGGCCUGUAAUGGAGACUUUGAUUCCAGAUCUCAAUGAAAGCACGAGUUGUAUUCAUCUCCGAGAAUGCACAGAAAAACCACCAGGACAUGACUCAAGGCAGCAUGGAGACUCAUCGUGCAAAGAGCUCAAUCCUAAGUAUGAAGCUACUACCUUAAAAGCAAAAGGAAAAAAGGUUUUAAAGAAGGGGAAAGAAGGUUUUGAUUGGGAUAGUUUAAGAAGAGAAGCAGAAGCUAGAGCAGGAAAAAGAGAAAAAACAACAAGGACGAUGGACACUGUGGACUGGGAGGCAAUACGAACAGCUGAUGUUAGUGAAGUUGCUGAGACUAUUAAGAGCCGUGGAAUGAACCAUAAACUCGCAGAACGUAUACAGGCCUUCCUUAAUCGUCUGGUCACAGAACAUGGAAGCAUUGAUCUGGAAUGGUUGAGAGACGUUCCACCUGACAAAGCAAAAGAAUAUCUUUUGAGCUUUAAUGGAUUGGGACUAAAAAGUGUGGAAUGUGUGCGGCUUCUUACCCUGCACCAUCUUGCUUUUCCAGUUGAUACGAAUGUUGGGCGCAUAGCCGUUAGACUUGGAUGGGUACCUCUUCAGCCGCUCCCGGAGUCACUUCAAUUGCAUCUUCUAGAAAUGUACCCUGUGCUUGAAUCCAUUCAAAAGUAUCUAUGGCCACGUUUGUGCAAACUCGACCAAAAAACUUUGUAUGAGUUGCAUUACCAACUGAUUACUUUUGGGAAGGUGUUUUGCACAAAGAGCAAACCUAAUUGCAACGCAUGUCCGAUGAAAGGGGAAUGCAGACAUUUUGCUAGCGCGUUUGCAAGUGCAAGACUUGCUUUACCCGGUCCAGAAAAAGACAUGACACCGGAUAAAAACACUUUGGCUCUGCCGGAGGCAUUGCAAAGAAAUCAAGGAUCAGAAGUUGUAAUGCAUUCAGAACUUGCAAACAAGCCCACAUGUUGUGAACCAAUUAUCGAAGAACCAUCAUCCCCGGAAUUAAAAUGCCAAGAAGUAUCAAUAGGUGACAUAGAGGAUGCGUUUUACGAGGAUCAAGAAGAGAUUCCUACAAUCAGGCUCAAUCUAGAUGCAUUUACCAAUAACCUGAAGAAAAUAAUAGAACGCAGCGGAGAACUACAAGACGGAGAUAUGUCUACAGCUCUAGUUGCGCUUACUGCCGAAGCUGCUUCUAUCCCAAUGCCUAAGCUCAAAGAUAUCAGUCUUCUAAGAACAGAACACCUAGUCUAUGAACUUGGAGACUCGCAUCCUCUUCUAGCUGAGUUGGAGAAGAGAGAACCUGAUGAUCCGUGUUCGUAUUUGCUUGCCAUUUGGACACCAGGUGAGACUGUUGAUUCCAUUGAACCAGCUGUAAGCAAAUGCAUCUCCCAGGGAAAUGGUAACCUGUGCGACGAUGAAACAUGUUUAUCAUGCAACAGCGUCAAAGAAGCAAGAUCACAAACCGUAAGAGGCACAAUCCUGAUACCUUGUAGAACAGCAAUGAGAGGUAGUUUCCCACUCAAUGGGACAUACUUCCAAGUUAAUGAGGUUUUUGCGGAUCAUGAUUCUAGUUUAAACCCAAUCAAUAUUCCAAGGGACUGGUUAUGGAAAUUGCCUAGAAAAACUGUAUAUUUUGGAACAUCCAUACCAUCCAUAUUCAAAGGUUUGCCCACAGAAAAAAUUCAACAUGCUUUCUGGAGAGGUUAUGUAUGUGUAAGAGGUUUUGAUCGGAAGACAAGAGGACCAAAGCCUUUGAUUGCGAGGUUGCAUUUCCCGGCCAGCAGAAUGAAGUCACAGUCACAGGCCAACCCACCCACCUGAUCUGAGUGCUGUGUAGGUAGCUAAGCAAAAAACAUGGCCUAUGGUUAGAGAGUGACACCAGAGUACCUAAACAGGUCAAUGUAAAAUUGAAAACGUUAAGCUAACGAUAGAGUUUGUAAGAUGUCGUCUUUAUGUGUCAUUUUAGUGUCUUUAGUUGUACUAAAUACCAGUCACAACUCACAAGAGAUGCUGCCAGUAGCUGAAUCUGUCGUUUUUCUUUUAUAUUGUUCUUCUCUCCCAACUAGAUUUGAAGCAUGUCUUUGCUCA